GGGGCGGCGGGAGCGCUGCGGGACGGGGACCGGUACCGGGCCUGCUCUGCCCCGCUCAUCUCAUCUCGUCUUAUCCCCUCCCAUCGGUUCUUGCCAGCGGCGGGCCCGGCCCAGCCGGAUGAAGAGCGGUGCAGGCCAUGGCGUGGCUCCCGGCUCCCUGCCUCCGCGGCCGGCGGGACCCUAGAGCGGCGCAGCUCCCUCGUGCCCUAUGACCACCCCCCUAUUUAAUUUUAUACCUAACUUAUUAACCACACCCCUCCCAACCAUGGAGCCGACCCCCACCGUGCCCCCCGCCCCCAUGGCGGCCUUCCUCUGGAUGCUGAUCCUGGGCUUCAUUAUCGCCUUCGUCCUGGCCUUCUCUGUCGGUGCCAACGACGUGGCCAACUCCUUUGGCACGGCGGUGGGCUCGGGAGUAGUCACCCUGCGGCAGGCCUGUGUCCUGGCCAGCAUCUUUGAGACCGUGGGCUCUGUCCUCCUGGGCGCCAAAGUCAGCGAGACCAUCCGGAAGGGGCUGAUCGACGUGGAGAUGUACAACUCCACCCCGCAGCUGCUGAUGGCAGGGUCCAUCAGUGCCAUGUUUGGAUCUGCUGUCUGGCAGCUGGUGGCUUCAUUCUUGAAGCUCCCCAUCUCUGGGACCCACUGCAUUGUUGGGGCAACCAUCGGCUUUUCACUGGUGGCCAAAGGGCAAGAAGGUGUCAAGUGGUCUGAGCUGCUGAAGAUCGUGUUGUCCUGGUUCAUCUCACCCCUCCUUUCAGGCAUCAUGUCUGCAGUCCUCUUUUUCCUCGUCCGGAGGUUCAUCCUCUUAAAGGCAGAUCCAGUCCCCAAUGGUCUGCGAGCUCUGCCCGUUUUCUAUGCCUGCACCGUGGGGAUCAACCUCUUCUCCAUCAUGUACACUGGUGCACCCUUGCUGGGCUUUGACAAACUUCCUCUGUGGGGUAUCCUCCUCAUUUCGGCGGGGAGUGCUGUUGUCUGUGCUCUCGUCGUCUGGUUCUUUGUAUGUCCAAGAAUGAAGAAGAAAAUCGAACGGGAGAUCAAAUCCAGUCCUUCAGAGAGCCCCUUGAUGGAGAAGAACAUCAGCCCCAAGGAGGACCAGGAGGAGCCCAAAGUGCCCCUGGGUGAUGCCAAGGGCCCCGUUGCUGAUGAGGGCUCAGCUGCACCCCCCCGGGCAGUGCUGGAGGAGCGAACGGUCUCCUUCAAGCUGGGGGACCCAGAGGAGGCCCCAGAGCAGGAGAGGCUCCCGAGCCUUGACCUCAAGGAGACCAACAUCGACAGCGGAGCCGUGCCCUUGCCCAAUGGCAACCUGGUCCAGUUCAGCCAGGCUGUGGGCCACCAGCUGAGCUCGGGCGGGCAGUACCAGUACCACACUGUGCACAAGGACUCGGGCCUCUACAAGGAGCUGCUGCACAAACUGCACCUGGCCAAGAUGGGGGACUGCAUGGGGGACUCGGGGGACAAACCCCUGCGCCGCAACAACAGCUACACCUCCUACACCAUGGCCAUCUGCGGCAUGCCCCUGGACUCCCUGCGAGCCAGGGAAGGGGAGGAAGGGGAGAAACUGCCCUGGCCAGCAGCAGAGGCCAAGAAGAGAGUCCGCAUGGACAGUUACACCAGCUACUGCAACGCGGUGGCUGAUGCCCACUCAGCUGCUGAGGUUGACCUGAACACAGCCCAGGUGGAGAUGGGAGUUGGCAACCGCAAGGGCAGCAGUGGCUCCCUGGAAGAGUGGCAGGACCAGGACAAGCCCGAGGUGUCCCUCCUCUUCCAGUUUCUGCAGAUCCUCACUGCUUGCUUCGGCUCCUUUGCUCAUGGAGGCAAUGAUGUCAGCAAUGCCAUAGGGCCCCUGGUUGCGCUCUACCUGGUCUAUCAAACGCGUGAUGUGUCCACCAAAGCGGCAACUCCCAUCUGGCUGCUGCUCUAUGGAGGGGCUGGGAUUUGCAUUGGCUUAUGGGUCUGGGGACGCAGAGUCAUCCAGACAAUGGGGAAGGACCUCACCCCCAUCACACCCUCAAGUGGCUUCAGCAUCGAGCUGGCAUCUGCCCUGACGGUGGUGAUCGCCUCCAAUGUUGGCCUCCCCAUCAGCACGACCCACUGCAAGGUGGGCUCCGUGGUGUCGGUGGGAUGGCUGCGCUCCAGGAAGGCAGUGGACUGGCGCCUCUUCCGCAACAUCUUCAUGGCCUGGUUUGUCACUGUCCCCAUCUCCGGCCUCAUCAGUGCAGCCAUCAUGGCUGUCCUCAAGUUGCUGACCUGAAGGUGUGAGCCACCCUCUGCUGCUCCCCUGCUGCCCCCUCCCCUCCAGGGGGUGGGGGGCUUGUCCUACCAUAGCCAGCGGCUGCCCUUGGCUCUGCCUAGUAUUGUCACUGAAAUACCUUUUGAAAUACCUUUUUUUUUUUUUUUUUUUUUUUUAAAUGUCAAUGUCUUGGCAGUAGGUCUCUAGCGGAGGGGGGUGGGGGUGGGCAGUGCUGGGCACCCACCCUUGAUGUGACUCCCCUUGCUGCGCUCUAGCUUUAGAUUAGCAGUUUUGGGAGGCCACUUUUCUUAAUUUUAAUGACUCAAGAUCCUCUGGCAGUGAUUCUUCCUUGAGUACGGAGUGGGGGCUGGGUCCUUGCCCGCCUCCUUCCCCGGGGGAGGCUGGGGGGCAUCCUCCCAUCGCAGGCUCUGCUACCUUCAGCUUUGCGCCCAUUGCUGUACUGGUGCAGACAUCAGCUGCUGCCCAACCAUCCUGCUCUGGGGGGCAGCCCCUGGCACCCCCUCACUGCUGCUACCUCGGACUCAAUAAAGAUUUCCUUCGUA